AUGACAUCCCUCCUCCGCCGCCUCCUCCCAACACGCAUCCAAAACACAAGCUCCCAACAACGCGACCACCACGCCAACGAACGCACAUUCCUCUCCUGGACCCGCGCAGGCCUCGGUUUCGCCGCAAUGGCCCUGGCCCUAGACCGUCUCGACAAAAUCGAUCAAGUGCUAUCCUCAAAACUUAAUCUGGGGGCUAUUCUUUCGCCGCAAACACAUGUCCCGCUUGCCCAAGACCAACAACAACAGUCCAAGUCAUCCGCAAAUAAGAAUAAGGAUGCAUCGACAGCUACAUCAACGCUCUAUUUCCCCGGCUUUGUCAAUUACUCGGAUUGUGGUCGUUGGGAUAUGGGUUCUUUCGGUAUUGGUCAAUGA